AUGUGGGAAGAUGAUAGCAACGUAAAAGGAGGUCGUUGGCUAGUAGUUGUGGACAAGCAGCGUCGUGCACAACUUUUGGACCAUUAUUGGUUGGAGCUUUUAAUGGCCAUUAUCGGAGAGCAAUUUGAGGAUCUUGGGGAGUACAUCUGCGGAGCUGUGGUUAAUGUAAGGCAAAAAGGAGAUAAGGUUUCCUUGUGGACUCGUGAUGCUACCCGCGAUGAUGUGAACACCCGCAUUGGACUUGUGCUAAAAGCAAAGUUGGAUAUUCCCGACUCGGAACCGCUAAGGUAUGAGGUGCACAAAGAUUCCUCCGUUCGCACUUCAUCGAUGGUGAAGCCACGAAUCAUGAUUCCGAAUAAGGAAGCUGCUGCAACAGCAGCUCGCUAA